UACCCGGGAACCAUUAAGUUCAAAGAUAAGAACUAUCUGUGUUCGAAUAUGAUUGAUUCAAAGUUGCCAGCGUUUGCCGAGAUGAGCGAAUUCGCCAGUGCAAGCACUGGUGGAAAGGUGUUGUUCGCAACAGAUGACUUCUUUGCAACAUGUGAGAACAUGAUAGCAGAUUCAGAACCAAUCAAUAUACCUGAAAAGUAUACAGAGUUCGGGAAAUGGAUGGAUGGAUGGGAGACGAGAAGGAAAAGAAUACCAGGGCACGACUGGUGCUUGUUGAAGCUUUCGACUAAGUGUACUAUCAGAGGAUUUCUUAUAGAUACUGCCUACUUCACAGGCAACUAUGCACCGAAGUAUUCAAUUCAAGCUGCCAACCUGUCACCCGAAGAUGAAGCAGUAAUUCCAGUAAGAGUUCCUCGUAUGGGAUCUGCGUGCACUGAUAAAGAUCUAGCACAGGUUAAGAAACUUAGAUCUGAGAAAUGGGAAGAAAUCGUACCAAUAACUGCGUUGCGUCCUGGUCUUGAAGAUACAAGAAUGAAUUAUCAGAAGGUGGUCAGUGAUGAAACCUGGACUCACAUUCGCGUCAACAUUUACCCCGAUGGUGGCAUUGCUAGGCUUAGGGUGUUCGGUGAAGCGAAUCCAGAUAUACCCCCCAGUGACCAAUUGGUGGACUUAGCGUCUAUGCUAAAUGGCACUUCGUGUAUCGCGUUCUCGAAUGCACAUUAUGGUCACCCCAAAAACAUGAUAAAACCAGAGAAAGGAGUUACGAUGGCUGAUGGAUGGGAGACAGCGAGAAGACUUGAUCGUCCUAACGUUAUUUACUCAAGGGAAGAUGGAAGUCUAAAAGUACCAGGUGAAGAAUGGGCUAUAUUUAAACUUGGAUUCACCGGGUCUGCAAAACAAAUCUGCCUUGAUACAACACAUUUCAAAGGCAACUAUCCCGACACGGUUAGGGUUCAAGGAGCGUAUCUUAGCAACAGUGAAUGGAAUGAGACUGACGAUAUUGUAUGGGAAGACAUUCUCCCGAGGUCCAAGUUAUCAGCAAACAAGGAGCAUUGGUACGAUACUGACUCGAAAGUUAUCAGCCACCUAAGAAUAACGAUGGCGCCAGAUGGCGGGAUCAGUAGAAUUCGGGUUUAUGGAUUUGCACAAUUUAUCAUGCCUCUAACUCACACGUAGAACACUGCUUAGGAUUCGGGGUUGGGAACAAUGCUUUUAUCUUUGCAGCUUUUGUUUAGUUUAGAGUACUUAAUUAUUCAUUAAUUUUAAUAAUUUUAUUCAACAGCUGGUCUGUUAAUUGUUACGAGUACAUAUUGUUUUGAAUCCACUUUUUCAUUGACUUUGAAAUUAGUAUGUAAUAAAUUUGUUUAUUAAUUACCUUGUAAGCAUUACUGUUACUUAUAAAGAUAAUAUAAUAAUCAUACUGUUAAAAAGAGAAGAAACGCAUUUAUCCACAGAAUAAGCUUAUUUUUUUUUUAUUUUUGCUUUGUAUUUUGUUAUUGUGAUUAUACUAAUGGCAACAGAGAAUAAUGAUUAUUGUUAGUAGUAGUGAAGAAAUUUGUACGUGUUCGUGUUUUUGUUAAAGUAUUAUUAGAAAUAAAUUGUAUUUA